UUUCCCAGAAGGGACAAAAGGCCAGAAUCCUCUAAAAUUGUGCACUUUCCUGUGUGAGCAUUACUCACCUUAAAAUGGCGACUCUGUACAUUCAUCACCAACCAGUACCCCACCAACUUCGAAGUUCAAACACAUAAUUAGCAUUUCUCUUACUUUAGCAAAACCCAAACACCAAAGCCCAAACCCCAUAACUUAUUAGAAAUAAAAACCCUCCAUAACUCCUCUUCAAUUUUCAUGGCUUCCACCUCUUCAUUCUCGCUCACCCCAUGCCUUUUCCGCUCCACUGAUUUCAACGAUCACGAUUUAACUGCAAGGAACUUCUUGCCAAGCUUUGGGUUCAAAAAGAAUACCAAUUUUAAGGGAAACCAGUUGUUAGUUGGGAACUCAUUUAAAUUGAAUUGCUCAGUAGACAGAGAAAUGGAUGUCAGCACAUCUGCCUUGGUUGAUGGUGUUGCAGAGUGCUUAAAUGAAAUGGAGGUGAAGGAGCCAAGUAUUUCAACAAUGGUACUGAAUUUUGAGAAUAAGUUUGAUCCUUAUGAAGCAAUGAGUACCCCACUAUACCAAACAGCUACCUUUAAGCAGCCUUCUGCAACAGAAAAUGGCCCCUAUGACUAUACCAGAAGUGGAAAUCCUACACGGGAUGCUCUAGAAAGCCUUCUAGCAAAGCUUGAUAAAGCAGAUCGAGCAUUUUGCUUUACUAGUGGAAUGGCUGCUUUGGCUGCUGUAUCUCAUCUUGUUGGAACUGGUGAGGAAAUUGUUGCUGGAGAUGACCUGUAUGGUGGUACUGAUCGUUUGCUGUCAAAAGUCAUUCCUAAAAAAGGAAUAGUGGUGAAGCGAGUGAAUACAAGUGAUUUGGAUGAGGUUGCAUCUGCCAUUGGGCCCUGGACAAAGCUUGUGUGGCUGGAGACUCCGACCAACCCUCGACAGCAAAUAUCUGAUAUAAGAAAAAUAGCAGAGAUGGCUCAUGCACAUGGAGCUCUUCUGAUGGUGGAUAAUAGUAUAAUGUCCCCUGUAUUAUCACAACCAUUGACACUUGGAGCAGAUAUUGUUAUGCAUUCAGCUACAAAAUUUAUUGCUGGACAUAGUGAUCUCAUGGCAGGUGUGCUUGCCGUGAAUGGGGAAAGCUUGGCAAAAGAAUUGUAUUUCAUACAAAAUGCAGAAGGCUCUGGGUUAGCUCCAUUUGACUGUUGGAUCUGUUUACGGGGGAUAAAAACAUUGGCCUUACGAGUUGAGAAGCAACAGGAUAAUGCACAGAAAAUUGCUGAGUUCCUUGCAUCCCAUCCACGAGUGAAGGAAGUUUACUAUGCUGGUCUUCCUGAUCAUCCUGGACAUGACUUACAUUAUUCUCAGGCAAAGGGUGCAGGGUCUGUGCUUAGCUUUUUGACGGGCUCACUGGCACUCUCAAAGCAUAUUGUGGAGACUACCAAAUACUUCAGCAUAACUGUUAGCUUUGGAAGUGUGAAGUCCCUCAUAAGCAUGCCCUGCUUUAUGUCGCAUGCAAGCAUACCAGCUGAAGUGCGUGAGGCCAGAGGUUUAACCGAAGAUCUUGUUCGAAUAUCAGUGGGGAUUGAGGAUGUGAAUGAUCUAAUUGCUGAUUUAGACAAUGCUCUUAGAACUGGGCCUCUAUAGCUGCUUUUGGAUAUCCAACCUUUAAGCACUUGGCUGCGAUGACGACCUGAAUCUGUUUCCAGUUGUUAACAUACGAAUCAUAUGAUUCGUGCUUAAAAUUUAUAAUAGUUUUGGGUGCAUUAUUAUUCUUA